UUUCUAGUGAAUUAGAUAGUUGUAUGCUAUGCGAUUUUACCAAAGCCACUGAACGCAGCGUGACACAACAGGGAAGAUGGCGUGUUGUGGAAACUGUUUUUGUUGCCGAUGUUGCUGCAGCGAAGGAGAGACUCGGACACCAGAGGAACUGAUGAUCCUUGGGGAAAUCCAAGAUGAAGAGGAUGAGAUUCUACCCAGGAAAGACUAUGAGAGCUUGGAUUAUGAUCGCUGCAUCAACGAGCCCUACGUGGAGCUUCUCGAGGGAAUGGACAACAAGAAAGCCAAAAAGUAUGAAGCAGUGCGAUGGAUGCUGAUGUUUGCAAUCGGAGUCACCGUGGGUCUGGUGGGCCUCUUUGUGGAUUUCUUUGUUCGCCUCUUCACCAAAAUCAAAUAUACUUUGGUUGCGGAUUCCUUGCAGCAGUGCAGUGACAGAGGCUGUCUCUCUGUGUCCCUGCUGGAGCUCCUGGCCUUCAACCUGACCUUCGUCUUCAUCGCCAGUGUGCUCGUUCUCGUUGAGCCUUUAGCUGCAGGUUCAGGGAUCCCAGAAAUUAAAAGUUACCUAAACGGAGUGAAGGUUCCAGGAAUCGUCCGGCUGCGAACUUGCCUCUGCAAAGCUGCUGGAGUCCUGUUCAGCGUGGCUGGAGGUCUGUUUGUGGGGAAAGAGGGUCCAAUGAUUCACAGUGGAGCCAUAGUGGGGGCUGGCCUUCCUCAGUUUCAGAGCAUCACUUUCAAGAAGAUCAAAUUCGAUUUUUCCUACUUCCGCAGUGACAGGGACAAGCGAGACUUUGUGUCAGCAGGUGCAGCAGCUGGAGUAGCUGCUGCAUUUGGUGCCCCUAUAGGUGGCACGCUCUUCAGUCUGGAGGAGGGCUCCUCUUUCUGGAACCAGGCACUCACUUGGAAAGUGCUCUUCUGCUCAAUGUCUGCCACGUUCACCCUCAACUUCUUCCGUUCUGGGAUCAACUUUAACAAGUGGGGCUCCUUCCAGCUGCCUGGUCUGCUCAACUUUGGAGAGUUCAAGUGUCCAGAUGAAGAUAAGAACUGCCACCUGUGGACAGUAGUGGACCUGGCCUUCUUUGUCCUGAUGGGGGUGGUGGGUGGCUUGCUGGGGGCGCUCUUCAACUGCAUGAACAAAAGCCUGGCCAAGUAUCGCAUCAGGAACAUCCACCCAAAGGCCAAGUUCAUCAGAGUUUUAGAGAGUCUACUGGUUGCCAUGGUGACAACAGUAGUGAUAUUUGCUGCUUCGAUACUGUUAGGCGAAUGUCGUGACCUGUACUCCCCCACAACCCACAACACCACACUGUCUGGCAGUGAGGACAUCAACUCAACCAUUCGUCAGUUCUUCUGCACCAACAAGACCUACAACGACAUGGCCACGCUGUUCUUCAACCCUCAGGAGGCUGCUAUCCACCAGCUCUUCCACCAGGAUGGAACCUUUAGCCCGGUGACGCUGUCAGUGUUCUUCCUGCUAUACUUCCUGUUGGCCUGCUGGACCUAUGGUGUGUCUGUGCCCAGCGGCCUCUUUGUCCCCUCACUGCUCUGUGGGGCCGCUUUUGGACGUCUGGUUGCCAACAUCCUCAAAGUGAAGCUGGGAAUGGACAUCUACCCGGGGACCUUUGCUCUGAUUGGAGCUGCUGCCUUCCUGGGAGGCGUGGUCAGGAUGACCAUUAGUCUGACCGUCAUCCUCAUUGAAUCUACCAAUGAAAUCACAUAUGGGCUGCCCAUCAUGAUUACUCUAAUGGUUGCCAAGUGGACGGGAGAUUUUUUCAACAAAGGCAUCUAUGACAUCCACAUCCAGCUGAAAGGAGUGCCGCUGCUGGAGUGGGAGACUGAGGUUGAAAUGGACAAGCUGACAGCUAAUGAUAUCAUGGAGCCCAACCUGACCUAUGUGUACCCCCACACACGGGUCCAGUCUCUGGUCAGCAUCCUGCGCACCACUGUCUACAACGCCUUCCCUGUGGUGACAGAGAACCGGUACAACGAGCGGGACUUCAUGAAGGGCAACAUCUUGGUCAGCAACAACAUCCACUUUAAGAAAUCCAGUGUGUUGUCCCGUGCGGGGGAGCAGCGGCGGCGCUGCCAGUCUAUGAAGUCAUACCCGUCCAGCGAGCUGAGGAACGUCUGUGAGGAGCGCAUCGCCACCGGGGGGGAGGGGGAGGGGGAGAGGGGGGAAGACCUGCUGCAGCAGAUGCUAGAGAGGAGGCACGCUCCGUACCCCAACCUGUACCCCGACCAGUCCCCCAGUGAAGAGUGGAGCAUGGAGGAGCGCUUCAGACCGCUCACCUUCCACGGCCUCAUCCUGCGCUCCCAGCUGGUCACCCUGCUCAUCAGGGGAGUCUGCUACGCCGAGAAUCAGUCGAGCGCCACUCAGCCCAGGUUGUCCUAUGCAGAGAUGACUGAAGAUUACCCACGUUACCCGGAUAUCCAUGACUUGGACCUCGCCCUGCUCAACCCCCGCAUGAUAGUGGAUGUCACCCCCUACAUGAACCCGAGCCCCUACACGGUGUCGCCCAACACCCACAUCUCCCAGGUGUUCAACCUGUUCAGGACGAUGGGCCUGCGACACCUGCCAGUGGUGAACGCUGUUGGAGAAAUUGUUGGAAUAAUCACACGACAUAAUUUAACCCACGAGUUCCUUGUGGCCAAACUGCGACAGCACAGCAUCAGUGUUUGAGGCCAGUGGACGUCCUGCUGUCCUCCCGACAAAGACUCUGUCCUGCUGUCCAUUCAACACAGACUCUGUCCUCCUGUCCAUUCAACACAGACUCUGUCCUCCUGUCCAUUCAACACAGACUCUGUCCUCCUGUCCAUUCAACACAGACUCUGUCCUCCUGUCCAUUCAACACAGACUCUGUCCUCCUGUCCAUUCAACACAGACUCUGUCCUCCUGUCCAUUCAACACAGACUCUGUCCUCCUGUCCAUUCAACACAGACUCUGUCCUCCUGUCCAUUCAACACAGACUCUGUCCUCCUGUCCAUUCAACACAGACUCUGUCCUCCUGUCCAUUCAACACAGACUCUGUCCUCCUGUCCAUUCAACACAGACUCUGUCCUCCUGUCCAUUCAACACAGACUCUGUCCUGCUGUCCAUUCAACACAGACUCUGUCCUGCUGUCCAUUCCUCCAGCAGGACACGCCUCAGUGCUGCUAUAGUAACCCUCCUCCAGCCUGCCUCCAGUCUAACGGCCUGACACAUGAACCAGGUGUACUGUCAUACAACCGUAUUAAACAUAUUUGACUUCAACAUGUUGAUAUAAAUGUUUAACAUGACACUAAAAUACCCUAAUCUAUCUGAAUGAUGUACUCUUGCUGUGCAUUGACACAGUGAGCAACAGCAGCAAGGAUAUGAAAGUAUUAAUACUCUGAUACUGAUAGUAUUGUCUCAGCAGGAAUUUUAGUGGCCACCAUGUACUCAUAGUCUCUCAGUGUUUUUCUCCCUGGUCACACAAAGAUGAAACUGGAAAGAUGUUCCAGUGAUUUCAGGUCUGCUGUUUCUGCUAGAGACACAAUCCACAAGUCGGAGCUUGGUAAGCAGAAUUCAGAAUAAAGAAAUCCCAGUCCAACAAAGCUAGCUAGACAGUCAGAGGGACAGUGUGAGGGACAGUCAGAGGGACAGUCAGAGGGACAGUGUGAGGGACAGUCAGAGGGACAGUCAGAGGGACAGUGUGAGGGACAAAGACACAGUGUGAGGGACAAAGACACAGUGUGAGGGACAGACAGAGGGACAGUCAGAGGGACAGUGUGAGGGAUAGUCAGAGGGACAGUGUGAGGGACAGACAGAGGGACAGUGUGAGGGAUAGUCAGAGACACAGUGUGAGGGACAGUCAGAGACACAGUGUGAGGGACAGUCAGUGUGAUGUAGGGACUGAGAGCUUUAACAUGUCAGUAAAUGUAACUGUUGUUCUUCUCUUUGCAAAUACAAAAUGGAGAAAAUGAGCAAGCUUUGCUGAACAUACACACUUUAGUUUGGUCACAUUAAAUGUUUAAGUCUAAGUUCCAGGUGGGGCUGUCUGCUGCACUUCAUCUGAAAGUAAGACAUGUCAGUUUUUAUUCAUUUGAACUGCAGAAAAACUAGUCCAUGCAUUUGUUACUUCAAGGCUGGACUAUUGUAACUCUUUAUUAUCAGGCUGGACCAAAAAGUCACAUUCUUCAUUCAAAAUGCUGCAGCAUACGUAGGGACAAGAUCAUGGAAAAGAUGGUGUUCCUUUGAAGGUUUGCAGGUGACAGUUUAAGGUUUCCUUUCCACCUGUGUGAAACAUUAUUCUAAAUAGUUUAUUAUGCUUUAUCCUCUGUCACUGAAGCACUUUUGAUUUGGACUGUUUUUACAUUUGUAUUAACUGUGGGACAGAAUGCACUAAAGAGUCCGCACAGACUGAAGAGAGUUUCAUGUUUGACAACAUGAUCAUUUUUCUGCACUUAUAAUCCAAGGUAAUAUUGUCACUGUCAUUCCGUCGGGUCAGCGUAGUCGGUUUUAUGUUGACUGAGGUUUUGUUAAAAGGACUUUAUUCAAGCGAAACUGGCAAAGCUCUAAUUUUUAUAAAACGUAUGUGUUUACUAUUUCAUGUUAGUCCUCUGCGAUACGUUGAUCAGCACUGUAGUAUUUUUCUGGUCCAUCGUACUCGUGCAUUGUUUGCAUUGCCCUAAAUGUGACUCACAGCUAAGACAAGUAAUAGGAAGUGGCAUUGCAACUUUUAUUGAUGGACAAGAAGUCCAAUGUUUGUCAGGCUGGAACAUAUUAUACAUCAAACAUUC